AUGAAGGUAAUAACUUUAUUUUAGAAUCAAUAAUUUUUUGUCCUAUGUACAGCUGCCUUCAUUUUAAACGCAAGUCCUGCCAAUAUUAAUAAAGUCACUUACUUCAAUUGUAUGUAAGGUAUUCUCUCUCUCAAACUGAAAAAAUAGUCAAGAAAACUGAUGAAGAAUUGA